GAUGCAGGGAGAGAGAGCACACCUUACCUCCCUCCCUUCCCCUCUCUCUCUGUCUGUCUCUCCCUCUUCACUCCAGAGCGACAGCAGCACUCACCAACGCACCACCACACCACACACCACUGUCGCUGGCACCCUGACACACACACACCACACACACACACGCACAUACACACGUACACACACACUUGCACAUACACACACACGUGCACACAUACACACACUCACACACUGAGCAGCAUCCUCAACACAGACUGAGACGCCCUUGGACUGCUGCAGGCGAGGAUGAAGGUGCGCUCACUGGAACAGUGCAGGGAGACGGGUGUGGUCCUGCUGGGCUUCCUAACGCUGGCAGUGUCCGUAGGGAACCUGUCCACCAGGGGGCUGCAGGAGGAUGGUGCUGCGUCCAACAGCCUGGAGGAGGAGCUGGAGGUGACCACGUACUGGUGGGGGGAGUGGGCCAAGUGGACCGCCUGCACACGUACCUGUGGAGGGGGAGUGAUGUCACAGGAGCGACACUGCCUCAAGCAGAGAAAGAAAGUUGCUGCUGGGAAGGACAACAUGACCUGCACAGGAACUCCAAAGAAAUAUCAUCUCUGCAACACUAAAGAAUGUCCCGCCACUGGGAGGAGCUUCAGAGAGGAGCAGUGCUGGUCCUUUAACUCUCAGCUUUACAGUGGGAGGAACUACCAGUGGAAACCUCUGUAUCCUGACGACUACGUUCACAUCUCCAGUAACCCCUGUGACCUCCACUGCACAACGACGGACGGCCAGAGACAGCUGAUGGUGACGGCACGAGACGGCACGUCCUGCAAGUUCAGCAGCUACCGCGGCGUCUGCGUGGACAGUAAGUGUGAGCCAAUCGGGUGCGACGGAGUGCUGUUUUCAUCCAACACGUUGGAUAAGUGUGGCGUCUGUCAGGGCGACGGCAGCAGCUGCAGCAGAGUCACCGGAAACUUCCGCCGCGGGGCCGUGACUCUGGGUUACUCUUUCAUCACUCAAAUCCCUGAAGGAUCAUGGGACAUCCAGAUCAUUGAGAGGAAGAAGUCGGCCGAUGUUCUUGCUGUGACCGACCAGGCAGGAAACUUCUUCUUUAAUGGAGCCUACAAGGUGGACAGUCCUCAGAACUUCCACGCAGCAGGAACCAUCUUCAAAUACCGCCGGCCCAUGGACGUUUACGAGACCGGGAUCGAGUACAUCGUCACCAAAGGCCCCAUCGACCAGGCCAUCAAUAUCCUGGUGUGGAACCAGAACGGUCGCACACCCUACAUCACUUACGAGUACACGGUCCUCAGAGACUCCCUGCCCCCUGUCCCACCUCCACCCGUCUACACCGGAUCAGACACCUCAGCCGGAGAGGUGUCUGUGGAAGUGGGGGGGCUGCUGGCCCCUAACGGCAGUAUUUACGACCAGACGGCCCCUGAGGGCCACAUUGAGCGAGGAGGUGUCGAGGUGCAGAAAGGCCAAGAGACAAACGAGGUGUACGAGGAGACAGCGGUCAUCGACUGUGACCAGGACGGAGCAGCUGCCCCAAAAUUCACAGAAGGAAACAGUAGUCACACAGGAAGCACCGCAAACCCUGCUCCUGCUGGAGGGUCCCUGGACCCGGGUCAGGACUCUCAGAACCUCAUCUGGAGAGUCCUGCUGGAAGGCCGGAUAGGCCAGGACGAGCUGCUCAUUAACAUCUCGACCAAUCAGCUGCUGACAGAGGGAGUCGCUCUGUUUUCCUCGGAGGUGGACCUGAGCGUCCUGGAACAAGACGGAGCGUUUGGUCUGAACGAUACGCUGGAGUUCACUCUGGGACGCAAACGCAACGACAGUGGAGACGGUUCUUAUCAGAACAAAACGGUGCAGGGUGGCGGGAGGAACUCCAGCCGCUCCAACAGAACCAGGGGGAAUCAGCGGCUGUACCAGAAGAACCUGAAGCUGAGUCCUGCUGACAUGUACCGCUGGAAACUGUCCUCUCAGGAGCCCUGCAGCAUGACCUGCUCUAUAGGAGUGUCCAAGUCCUUCGUCACGUGUAUCCGUUAUGACGGCAUCGAGGUACACGAUAUGUACUGCGACGCUCUGACCAGACCGGAGCCGGUCCACGACUUCUGUAUCGGCAGAGAAUGUCAACCCAGGUGGGAGGCGAGCAGCUGGAGCGAGUGCUCCAGGACCUGCGGCGAGGGGUUCCAGUUCAGACAGGUCCGCUGUUGGAAGAUGCUGUCACCGGGCCUCGACAGCUCGGUCUACAGUGACCUCUGCACCAUGACCGACCUGGAGAGACCGGUGGAGAGACGGCCCUGCAAGAGCCCCGCCUGUGGCCCGCAGUGGGAGGUGGCGGAGUGGACGGAGUGUCCUGCUAAAUGUGGCCGUAAAGCCCAGGUGACCCGGGAUGUCCGCUGCUCUGAUGAAAGCAGACCAUGUGACCCGAUGACCAAACCCCCCAACAUCAAGAACUGCACCGGUCCGCCCUGCGAACGCCACUGGACCGUGUCCGAGUGGGGACCUUGCUCGGGGUCCUGCGGUCAGGCCAAGAUGGUGCGCCAUGUGUACUGUAAGGCUCCGGAGGGCCGCGUGGUCCCUGAGAACCAGUGCUCAGCGGAGAACAAGCCGCUCGCCAUCCACCCGUGUGGGGAGAGGAACUGUGCUCCACACUGGCUGAUCCAAGACUGGGAGAGGUGUAACACGACCUGUGGGCGAGGCGUGAAGCGACGGAUCGUCCUGUGUGCCGGCAUCAGUGCGGGAAAGUUUCAGAGCUUUGACGACGAGGCGUGUGGAGUUGGCGAGAAACCUGAAGAGGAGAACACGUGCUUCGAGAGGCCGUGCUUCAAGUGGUACACCACGCCCUGGUCUGAGUGCACUAAGACGUGUGGAGUUGGCGUGAGGAUGAGGGACGUGAAGUGUUAUCAGGGCCGGGAGCUGGUCCGAGGCUGCGACCCCCUCACCAAACCUGUGUCCAAACAGACCUGCACCCUGCAGCCCUGCCCCACGGAGCCACCAGAUGAGAGCUGUCAGGAUCGUCCCUCCACAAACUGCCUGCUGGCGCUGAAGGUGAACCUGUGCAGCCACUGGUACUACAGCAAGGCCUGCUGCCACUCCUGCCGUGCCGUACGACCUCCAACCUCCUAGUCCAGGUCAGCGCCGCCCCUCUCCACGCCUCCACUCGGACUCCAGCAGGAGGAGAGAAACGUUUACAAAGCAGCAGUACUGUCGCUUACUGCGGACAGCGAGAGGAGGAUGAAAGUCACAGUUUGAGCCUGGUUUUUUUUUUUUUAAAAGAGAAGAGCGUCCUAUGAGCACUCGGACUUAAUGGAACCAUGAUUUAUCUGGAUGAUUUAAAACAAAACCCGGUCAUCACUUCGUUUAGUGCAACUUCAACUGCCAUGUGCACACGUCACACAGAAAUACUGACCGCCUCUGGCUGCCAUUUUUUCCACCUGUCUUAUUUGGUUCUGGUUCCGGAUUUGUCGAAAACAUUUUGAGAAAACUGUCAAAGGUUUGUUCAGUUA